AUGGGAAAGGAAAAGACACAUAUCAACAUCGUCGUCAUCGGUCAUGUCGACUCAGGAAAGUCGACCACUACUGGUCACCUGAUCUACAAAUGUGGUGGUAUCGACAAGAGAACUAUUGAGAAGUUCGAGAAGGAAGCCCAAGAGAUGGGAAAGGGUUCCUUCAAGUACGCCUGGGUGUUGGAUAAGUUGAAAGCUGAGCGUGAACGUGGUAUCACCAUCGAUAUUGCUCUCUGGAAAUUCGAAACAGCAAAGUACUACAUCACUAUCAUUGAUGCUCCUGGGCAUCGUGAUUUCAUCAAGAAUAUGAUUACUGGAACCUCCCAAGCCGACUGCGCUGUGCUAGUCGUUGCUUGUGGUACUGGUGAGUUCGAGGCAGGUAUAUCGAAGAAUGGACAAACUCGUGAGCAUGCUCUGCUUGCUCAGACUCUUGGUGUUAAGCAGCUUAUCGUUGCUUGCAACAAGAUGGACUCCACCGAACCACCUUUCUCUGAGGCUCGCUUCAACGAAAUCACCACUGAAGUGUCGAACUUCAUCAAGAAGAUUGGAUACAAUCCUAAGGCUGUUGCUUUCGUUCCCAUCUCCGGAUUUAAUGGCGACAACAUGCUCGAGCCAUCACCAAACAUGCCGUGGUUCAAAGGAUGGAACGUUGAGCGCAAGGAGGGUAACGCCACCGGCAAAACUCUUCUCGAAGCUCUCGAUUCCAUCGUUCCACCUCAGCGGCCUACCGACAGACCUCUUCGCCUUCCUCUCCAAGAUGUGUACAAGAUCGGAGGUAUCGGAACUGUUCCCGUUGGACGUGUCGAAACUGGUAUUCUGAAGCCCGGUAUGGUUGUAACUUUUGCUCCACAGAACGUCACCACUGAAGUGAAGUCUGUUGAAAUGCAUCACGAGUCCUUACCCGAGGCUGUUCCUGGGGACAAUGUUGGUUUCAACGUCAAGAACGUAUCCGUAAAAGAUAUUCGGCGAGGAUCUGUUUGCUCCGACUCCAAGAACGACCCCGCCAAAGAGGCCCGAAGCUUCAACGCUCAGGUCAUCAUCAUGAACCAUCCCGGACAAAUUGCUGCUGGAUACACCCCUGUAUUGGAUUGUCACACUGCGCACAUCGCGUGUAAAUUCGCUGAGUUGAAGGAGAAGGUUGAUCGCCGAACUGGUAAGAAGGUUGAGGACAACCCGAAAUUCCUCAAGUCUGGAGACGCUGGAAUUGUUGAGCUCAUACCCACUAAGCCCCUUUGCGUUGAAUCUUUCACCGACUAUGCCCCUCUUGGACGAUUCGCUGUUCGUGAUAUGAGACAAACUGUUGCUGUAGGAGUCAUCAAGUCUGUCGACAAGUCCGAAGGAACGGCAGGCAAAGUCACGAAAGCUGCACAGAAGGCAGGAGUUCCCAAGAAGAAGUAA